AUGGACCAUGGAGACCGCACAUGGACCAUGGAGACCGCACAUGGACCAUGGAGACCGCACAUGGACCAUGGAGCACUGUACUUACACCUCCUUCUUGCCUCAGGUUUCCCUCGUCCCGGCUUCAAAAACUUCACGUUUGUUGCGAUUGCCAAGACAUGGGCGGAGUCUCGGAGCUACUGUCGACAGCACCACACAGACCUGGCCAUGAUCCAAGACCAGAGCGAGAACUCUGCGGUCUUAGCCAUCUCGUCCACGUACCAGGUGUGGGUGGGUCUGUACCGAGAGCCCUGGAGGUGGUCCGACGGCAGCACCAGCUCCUUCACCAACUGGAUGAACGUCCAACCAGGAAACUCCCGGGGAAUCGAGCACUGUGUCCUGGAAAACAUAUACCAUCAGUGGAACGAUGGUGUUUGUUCUCAAACUUAUCCCUUCUUCUGUCAGAGAGAGUUUACACAUGCUGAAAAACGUAAUGGAAAGGUUCUACUCGUGAACAUGAAGGUCCAGAGUGGAACAGACCUGUCGCAGCCUGAAGUUUGGACUCAGAUGCUUCAGAAGAUCAAAGAGACGCUGCUGCAGUCGGGACUUUCGGACCUGAGGGUUCAGUGGAACAACGCCCCGAAGGCUGUUUGA